AUGUUGUCAUGGGCAAGGCACAGUAAUAUAAUUUGGAGCGGUAUAGAGCAAGCAGAGCAUUUUUACAACCCCGUUCCCUCGAGCGAGGAAAAGCAAGCCAGCGACCUUCCUGGCCUGGCUUCCGUCCUGCGUCCCGUUCCUUCGAGUGAUGAGCAGCAAGCCAACGGCCUUCCUGGCCUGGCUCCAGUCUUGCUUUCCGUUCCUUCGAGCGAUGAGCAGCAAGACAGCGACCUUCCUGGCCUGGCUUCAGUCUUGCUUUCCGUUCCUUCGAGCGAUGAGCAGCAAGACAGCGACCUUCCUGGCCUGGCUCCAGUCUUGCUUUCCAUUCCUUCGAGCGAUGAGCAGCAAGACAGCGACCUUCCUGGCCUGGCUUCAGUCUUGCUUUCCGUUCCUUCGAGCGAUGAGCAGCAAGACAGCGACCUUCCUGGCCUGGCUUCAGUCUUGCUUUCCGUUCCUUCGAGCGAUGAGCAGCAAGACAGCGACCUUCCUGGCCUGGCUUCAGUCUUGCUUUCCGUUCCUUCGAGCGAUGAGCAGCAAGACAGCGACCUUCCUGGCCUGGCUCCAGUCUUGCUUUCCAUUCCUUCGAGCGAUGAGCAGCAAGACAGCGACCUUCCUGGCCUGGCUUCAGUCUUGCUUUCCGUUCCUUCGAGCGAUGAGCAGCAAGACAGCGACCUUCCUGGCCUGGCUUCAGUCUUGCUUUCCGUUCCUUCGAGCGAUGAGCAGCAAGACAGCGACCUUCCUGGCCUGGCUCCAGUCUUGCUUUCCGUUCCUUCGAGCGAUGAGCAGCAAGACAGCGACCUUCCUGGCCUGGCUUCAGUCUUGCUUUCCGUUCCUUCGAGCGAUGAGCAGCAAGACAGCGACCUUCCUGGCCUGGCUCCAGUCUUGCUUUCCAUUCCUUCGAGCGAUGAGCAGCAAGACAGCGACCUUCCUGGCCUGGCUUCAGUCUUGCUUUCCGUUCCUUCGAGCGAUGAGCAGCAAGACAGCGACCUUCCUGGCCUGGCUUCAGUCUUGCUUUCCGUUCCUUCGAGCGAUGAGCAGCAAGUUACCGGCCUUCCUGGCCUGGCUUCAGUCUUGCUUUCCGUUCCUUCAAGCGAUAAGCAGCAAGCCAGCGACCUUCCUGGCCUGGCUUCCGUCCUGCGUUCCGUUCAUUCAAGCGAGGAAAAGCAAGCGACCGACCUUCCUGGCCUGGCUUCCCUUUUAUGUCCCGUUCAUUCAAGCAGGGGAGAGCAAGCCACAGAACUUCAAGGACAGGCUUCGCUCUUACCUCCGAUUCCUUCGAACAGGGAAAAACAAGCCACAGAGAUUCUUGAAUUGCCUUCCCUUUACCGUCCCGUUCCUUCGAGCAGGGAAAAAUAA